GCACACGCCGCUGACAAUCAUGGCGGCAACGAUCAGCUCAAGGUUUACUUCCGUUUCCAGAAAAGUUGGGAAUGCUCUGUUUACGUCUGUUUUUAUCGCCCGAGCGGCCACCUUCAGCCACAACAUGGACACGGACAGACCCACCAAGCUGGAGUUUGCAGUGCAGAUGACCUGUGAGAGCUGUGCUCAGCAAGUCAGAACUGCUUUAGAGGAGAAACCAGCACGUCCACACCCUGGGAGACCUCACACAGGACUGCCUCAGUUGUGGAGAACACUACAACCCAUUUGGAAAACAGCAUGGAGGUCCGGGUGACGAUGAAAGGCAUGUAGGAGACCUGGGAAAUAUAGUGGCAGGACCAGACGGACGGGCUUCCUUUAGAUUAGAGGACCGUCAGCUUAAGGUUUGGGACGUUAUCGGUCGAUCUCUGGUAGUGGACUCUGGGGAGGACGACCUGGGCCGGGGAGGCCACCCUUCAUCCAGAGAGACGGGAAACUCCGGCGAAAGGUGCGUGUGUGAGAUAACGAUUCAGUCUUAAUGUUGGCCUGUGGGAUCAUCGCCAGGUCAGCUGGCCUUUUCCAAAACUCCAAAAAGAUCUGCGCCUGUGAUGGCGUCACGCUGUGGGAGGAGAGGGACCGGCCGAUAGCGGGGACAGGCCGGAGCAAGGUCGACCGCGAGACGCCGGCAGCACACCUCUGAGUCUCAGACGCAUCGGGUCGUCCCGUGUGGUUGGACGGGUCCGAGCUAAAGGAGAAACGCUGAUGUCCCAGACAACUGGACUUUAAUGUCAUCUUUGUGAUUAAAUAUUUAACGACCUUGCAUUAAGUGCCUUCAAGAAAAAGCACUAAAGGGCACUUUUUGAUUUACCAUUGAUAAUUGGUCGUUUAAAUAGUAAAGCUGUUGUAUAAAAUCAGUCCACAGCUAAAGUUUAUUCCAGGUCACAUGUUUAAUAGUUACUCAUCAUAAGAGCUAACAGAGCUACACUGAGUUUACAGUUUAGCAGUAAUCUGAGAGAUUUUAGUCAUUAAGAACACAGUUUGAGAGGAACCAAAUCAGUCUAAAAUGUUUGGAUUUAAACCUUCAGAGCCUUGCAUUUGCAUCUACCACAGUAUGUGAAUUCCUUUUAUUGGAGAAAUCCUGAACAAAACCAACUUUGUAAAUGUGGCUCGCAUCAAAAGUACGAUGAGCAGAAGAGUCAGAUUUCAUCCCGGACCUAAGGACGACAGCAUGAAUGAGAGAUUUAUUUGUAGUUUUUUGGUGAAAUUGUGAGAUUUAGAAUGGCUGCUGCGGCGGACUCGACAGGGUGUUUUGUUUUUUACACAUUCCCAUAUUUUGAUCUUGUGAAGCUUUAAAACCGUUUCCCUUCAGACUGAAUGUAACUUGAUGGCUUGAAGUUAACUAUUGAUUGUGAACAUUUUUAUCGAAAGUAAUGAUGCCCUCUCAGUUAUGAAUGUGUGAUGUGUUGUGUGUGCACUUAUUUUUUGGGAAUAAAUUAUUUGUUAUUGAUUGAA